GAUUUUUCUGUAACCAAAGUACCCAAACAACACUGUCUUUAGUCCUGAUCAGUGGUGGGGAGUAGAAGCAGCAUCGUUAAGAACAAAGUUGCGAGCUUGGGGAAUCUUCUGAACAGUAUAAACUCAACAACGUGUUAUCUAUACAGUAGAUGGUAUUUUCGAGGUGAUAUAUGGCUUCGACCCUUUACUCAAGAUCUUUAUUGGUUGCUCGUCGCUGCCUCUUUAAUCCUUCUCUAUCUCCUCUUCUUCCGCAGAGGACCCCUAAAUUUGCAACCUUUCUAAACAAGAAAGCACUCAGCUCACAGUUGCACUCUGCCUAUUCAACUUAUAAAUCAUCUACUCACGUUAGUCGAGUUAUGGCUUCUACUGGAACUGAGCCAAAAGCUAAAUACGCCACAUCAUCCGUAUCUUCCAAUGAACCUGUUGUGUCUGUUGAUUGGCUCCAUGCUAAUCUUAGAGGGGCUGAUAUAAAGGUUUUGGAUGCCUCAUGGUACAUGCCACAUGAGCAAAGAAAUCCAGUCCAAGAGUAUCAAGUUGCUCAUAUUCCAGGUGCUCUCUUCUUUGAUUUGGAUGGAAUAUCAGAUCGAAAGACAAAUUUACCACACAUGCUACCAUCUGAGGAAGGUUUCGCUGCUGGCUGUUCUGCUCUUGGAAUCGAGAACAAAGAUGGCGUGGUUGUAUAUGAUGGAAAGGGGAUCUUUAGUGCAGCUCGUGUAUGGUGGAUGUUUAGAGUCUUUGGACAUGAAAAAGUAUGGGUACUUGAUGGAGGCUUGCCAAAAUGGCGUGCUUCAGGUUAUGACGUUGAAUCCAGUGCCUCAAGUGAUGCCAUUUUGAAAGCCAGUCUAGCAAAUGACGCUGUAGAGAAAAUCUAUCAAGGACAAACAAUUACUCCAAUAACUUUUCAGACGAAGUUCCAGUCGCAUCUUGUAUGGGGACUUGAUCAGGUAAAGGAAAACAUGGAGGAUAAGACUUAUCAGCACAUAGAUGCACGUGCAAAAGCUAGAUUUGACGGUACUGCUCCAGAACCUCGCAAGGGAAUACCGAGUGGUCAUAUACCUGGUAGCAAGUGUGUCCCUUUUCCCGACAUGUUUGAUUCCUCUCAAACACUGUUACCAGCGGAGGAGCUUAAGAAGAGGUUUGAACAAGAAGGAAUUUCACUGGACAGUCCAAUCAUGGCCUCAUGUGGAACCGGUGUGACAGCUUGUAUUUUGGCAUUGGGAUUUCAUCGUUUGGGUAAAGCCGAUGUCCCGAUCUAUGAUGGGUCUUGGACUGAAUGGGCAACCGAAUCAAACUUGCCCAUGGUGGGUUCUUCUUCAUGAAUAAGUCAAGAAGAAGCUACAGAUCAGUCACAAGCCUAGCUUGGUUCAAUCUAUUUUUCUGCGUUAAAAAGUUUAGCCAAGAAUUAAGGGAUUGUGUCUAAAAUUCUAUAUACUUGAGGAUUUAUUGAGUUUGGAUUCAUCUGUGUGAAGAUUAAUAAGAAUUCCUUUGAACAA